AUGUUUCAGUUUCAACCAAAGAAAACAGAAGAAGUUGAAAGUGACUCUGACUGGGACAGCCUUCCUGGAGAUGUCCAAGAACCAACCUCUAGCCCUGAUUCAACUCCCAGACACCAACCAGUCCCUCCACCUCAUUCUCCAAAGGGGCAUGUUUCUCAGAAGAGACCUCAGAUUAAGUCACAGGCAGCAACCCCAGAGAAAAACUCAAUAACUAAUUCACCAGUAACACAGCCCAUAUCCAAACCUGGGACACCUGCAUCAAACAGACCAAGUCAGCUAUAUGGUAAACCUGGAAUUACCACCUUUGUUGACAGGAGCUUGAGUGCUGACAGUGGCUUGGAGAAUCGUCAGAACAAGGAGCUGAGCCCAGAUAUGAAUGAGAAUAGAUUGCAGCAAGACAGACUGGGAAGACAAAAUGAAGGAAUCCAUUUAGAAAUGAAUGAAGUGGAUCAUUAUGGACAUAAUCCACCAUUUACAGAUUUUCAAGGUACUGUUGCACUUAAAAAGCUACAGGCUAUAGCCUGCAGAAUAGGCCACAUUUUUGUGCAUCUUAGAGGCAAAGAGAGGCAAGCCAAAAAAAUUAUGCUUUUCUGCUUUUGUGUGUCUCAUGGGUUGCACUUGCCUCAUGCUUGCCUCUUCUUGCUUUUAAAAUGCCAAAAUGACUUCUGUCCUGCUGGUCAUUGAUAACUAUUUUACUGUCAGGAGUAGAAUUUUUAUCUUUUUCAUCCCCUGAGUAUUCUUUUGUAAUGGUGGUUUAUUCUUCAAAUUCUUACGUCAGCCAAUCUCCCUAAACAAAAUAUUGGAAAACUUACACAAAGUGAGAAACCUAAGGUGGGAAAAGUCAAGUCAUCUUAUUUGACAACCAAGCAAGCAAAUCAUGGGAACCAUUCUUGGGAUUCUGACAGUGAACAAGAACAAGAAUUGGUGUCACAUAGCAGAGAACCAUUGACACCCCGCCAAAAAAAUUCCAAAGCAGAUAACCAUGAAGAAAAAAGUGUACACCCAGAACAUGAAACAGCCAUAGUAGAGAAUCAUGACAAGGUUCUGAGUUUAGAAACAUGCUGUGUGCCUCUGGAAAGUGAAAGAAAAAUAAGUGGGUAAGUGAUUGAUGUCUGUGUAAUAAUCAGCAAUUGCUUUCCUGUUCAUUCAUGAAUACAAUUUGUAUAUAUGCAAAAUUACUUUUAAGUUGUUUGAAUAUUACAGAUGGAUGUUGUCUAUCUUAUUGUAUGUGUGACAGUUAUAGAGGACGAUUAGUCAGAUGAUUGUGAUAUUGACUUUGGCUUGGGUCAUCGAAACAUCAGACACUGUAUCAGACAGGAAGUGUUGUUAUUCUUAAAACUACCCUCACACUGAAAGUCACAUAACCCACACAAGAGAGAUGUGCUCUGCAGAGUUUUCUGUUUUGUCAUUGGUGAUUUUCCUUAUGCAGACUCAUGCAUCUCUAGAAGUGGCUUUACAGCAGUAAGAUGGAUUGGAUUUGAACAUACAGCUUUCAAUAUGCAUGUGGUAGACUUUGAUAUCAGUAGAGGGAAAUUAUUGUGCUUUGAGGUAAUAUAAAAUUGAUUAACAAUUGAUUACCUGUAGGUGUUCAUAUUAUUUUGAUCACGGUCACAACCAUCAUCUUGAUGUUAGACCAGAAUGGAAAGAAGCUUACAUGAAAGGAGUAGCAGACAGGUAAAAUCCCUUUUUUCAGUGGCAGUUAAUUUGCUAUACAUGUACAGUACUGCUUGCGUAUACGUUAACAGAAAAACGCGAAUAAAAUGCACAAAAAAUCGCAUGCAAUUGCAAAUAAAAAAAAUCGUGCACAUCAAAAAAACGCACGUGUGUGCACGACUUUUAGAUCACCCACCCCUAUAAUUGUUACUUCAAAACCUCUUGAAACCUGACAUCCUCUUUAAUUCAACCUAUUAGGUUUACAUAUUAUGAAAGAGCGAUGUAUUUAAGUCAGUGUUCAACUGUUUCUUUAUCAGCAAUUAUAGUGUGCACAGUACACAAUGGCCACUGCAUGGGAUGUGUGUUUUGUAUGACUGAGACAACCAGUAUAAGAGACCAAAAAAAACACAAUGUGAAUGUAAUAUGUCAGUGAUAAUUGGUAAUAAAUUUAUUAUAAUUAUAAUUAAUAUUUUGAUCAUCCAGGUUUACUGAUACAUUCAUGAUCAAUUUUUCUUUUGUAGAUCUGAAAAAUGGCUUCACUAUUUCUGGCAGGAGUUUUUCAGUGCAGUUCGCAUCAUCACUGACUUUGCAUUCAUCUUUGUAUUGGAACUAUUACGGUUUGUCUUCCACUAUGUUUUGCUCCGCAUACUUGGGGGAAUCAUCAUUGUGGUUGGAGAUCAUUUCUUAAAACCAUACUUGGCUCUGGUUUUUAACCGCAUUAUUCAACCUACCUUGAUUUUCACACGGAAUGUUUUAACUGGCAUUAGAAACCUUUUACAACCAUUAAUGGACAUCAGUAGUGUCUUUAUCGCACAGCUGGGUUCCUUACUGAGGGCAUUUAGGCUGUUUGAACUUAACUGGAAACCAGUGUAUGAAAGAGGACAAAAGCAUGAUGUCCAUGUAUUGUAGUUACUGCUGAUGAUGAGAGCAAACUGAAAGGAUCAGGGAGCUAGGCUCAGCUGUUAAGGAUGUUGAGCAGAUUUGUUGUGUUCAAGCACAUUGUGCCUAAAAAUUUAUUUUACUUUGUUUAUUAAAUUUUAAACCGUUUUACUCCCUAGAUCUCCUAGAAAAGUAACUCAGUUGUUAUUAUCAACCAUAAUUUUCUUGUCUUGUUAAUUCUGAGAAUUUGGUCUUAAGACCUUCAGUCUUAAAUCAAACAACAUCCCAACAUUGAUAUUUUUCUUUAUUCUCCUCACCUGUCUGCUUGGCGAUGUGUUGAUUCUGUAUGGAGAAAGUACUUCUUGGUCAUUCCUAUUAGUGACAGGGUUACAGUGCACAAGGAAGAAACCUUUAAUGUAUCAUAAAUUUAGGGCAAUAUAUGGUAAGAAAAGGUCACUUCCAUUACUGGUUAUAUUUUUUACUCCCAUUUUGUCAGUUAAACAUGCGAUUAACUCAUAAAUCCUCCAGAUGGAUCCCUAUAAUGUUAGUACAUUAUCAAGAAAACAAUUUAAGAGAACAGUCAAAGAAAGGUUGUUAUUCCAAUAGGCCAUCAAACAAUCUUGAUUAUUUUAUAUUUUAAUACAUUAUCUUGCAAACAGUUAAGGACGCAGUCCAAGAGAGGUUGUUAUUGUGAUAAGCCAUCAAACAGUCUUGAUUAUUUCAAGACAAAUGAAUGGCAAGCUAGAAGAGAGAAGUAACCAUCAGAUCUUUGCACCUGAUUCCCUCUUUCUGACAAGAACCCUGUUUGACAAGCUCUGCACUUUAGAUAGUGUUGGUGUGGGUGACUGAAACAUUCCAUUGGAGAUCAGAUUUUGCUAUCACUUGGUUUGGAGUUUUUUUUUUCUAUUUAUAAUCUAUAUAAUACUGUAAAUUUCCAUGAAAAAUCAAGACUUAUGAUACCUGUGGUAUUGAAUGAUUUUAUUAACUGUGAACAAUAAUUGCUUUUAAAAUGUGUCCUUGGUAUUCCCAUUUUGAUUUUGAUUAUGUCUAUAUUUUGACAUUUAAUGCCACUGUAUAACUGGGACCUGGGUAUCUAUGUGCAUCUACUGGUUUCCCAGAUAGUUUUGAACUUUAUUUCUACUUUAAAGAUAUUUAGUCUAUACUUCUAUUUAUCUCAGAAUUUAUCCAUU